AUGUCUAUCCUCAAGGUGGUCGAGGAUCGGCCCACGCCCAAGGCCGUCUACAACUGGAGAAUCUACCUCCUGGCCGCGGUAGCCUCAUUUACCUCGUGCAUGAUCGGCUAUGACAGCGCCUUUAUUGGCACGACCAUCUCCCUGCAAUCCUUCAAGGAUGAAUUCCACUUCGACACCAUGAGCGACAGCGCGCAGGAUUUGCUGAGCGCCAACAUCGUGUCUCUCUACCAGGCCGGUGCCUUCUUCGGCGCGUUCUUCGCGUACCCCAUUGGUCACUUCUGGGGACGUAAGAUUGGUCUGCUCGCUUCAGCAUUGGUUUUCAUCCUCGGUGCGGGUCUCAUGCUGGGUGCCAACGGCGAUCGGGGCCUGGGCCUGAUCUACGGUGGACGAGUCCUGGCUGGCCUGGGUGUCGGCGCCGGCUCCAACAUUACGCCCAUCUACAUUUCCGAGUUGUCACCCCCAGCUAUCCGAGGCCGAUUGGUUGGCGUUUACGAGUUCGGCUGGCAGGUCGGUGGCCUCGUCGGCUUUUGGAUUAAUUAUGGCGUUGACUCGACCAUGCCCCCUAGUCACAAACAAUGGAUCAUCCCAUUCGCUGUUCAGCUCAUCCCCGCUGGUCUCCUGCUCAUCGGCGGAACCUUCAUCCGCGAGUCGCCUCGCUGGUUGUUUUCGCGCGGUCGCCGGGAGGAGGCCAUCAAGACUCUUUGCUGGAUCCGUCAGCUGGAUGAGAACGAUAUCUAUAUGGUUGAAGAGAUCGGUGCCAUCGACCAGGCUCUGGAAGAGCAGCGUGCCUCUAUUGGACUCGGCUUCUGGAAGCCCUUCCAGGCCACUGCUACCAACAAGGUGGUGCAGUACCGUCUUUUCCUGGGAAGCAUGUUGUUCUUCUGGCAGAAUGGCUCGGGCAUCAACGCCAUCAACUACUACUCUCCGACCGUGUUCAAGAGCAUUGGUCUCACCGGUACCAACACUAGUCUUUUCACCACUGGUAUUUUUGGCGUAGUCAAGACAGUCGUCACCUUCAUCUGGAUUCUGUGGCUCAUCGACCGUGUCGGCCGACGGAUGUUGCUGUUGGUCGGCGCCUUCGGUGGCUCCGUCUGCCUGUGGAUCGUUGGUGCGUAUAUCAAGAUCGCCAAGCCGGAGCAAAACAAGAGGUCGUCGCUGGACGGCGGCGGUAUUGCGGCCAUGUUCUUCUUCUACCUGUGGACUGUCUUUUAUACCCCGACCUGGAACGGCACCCCAUGGGUCCUUAACUCUGAAAUGUUCGACCCCAACAUGCGUUCGCUGGCUCAGGCCUGUGCUGCCGCCUCUAACUGGCUGUGGAACUUCCUCAUUUCCCGCUUUACUCCCCAGAUGUUCGACAAAAUGGGAUACGGCGUGUACUUCUUCUUCGCGUCGCUGAUGCUGUGCUCCAUCGUCUUUGUCUACUUCCUCAUCCCCGAGACAAAGGGUGUUCCGCUGGAGAGCAUGGACCAGCUGUUCGAGAUCAAACCCAUCUGGAAGGCCCACGGGGAGAUUCUUCAGAGGCUGCGCGACGAGGAGGAGCGGUUCCGCCACGAUAUCGAAGAGUCUGGUGUCGGGAACAAGGUUGGCGCAGAGCAGGUGGAGUACACCAGCCACAGCGAGCAGAAGCAGGACUCCGCCGUAUAA